AUGGCAAAUGAAAAGCCGUACAAAUUCAAUGAAAAUAUUAUUGUGCCGGUCGUUCAAAGUAACGGCCGUGUAGAAGAAAAGGGCCUGUACAUAACUAUUUGGGAAGAUGCUGAUAUGGAUAGAUUGCAAAUUCAGAUCAGGGACUGGACCAAUCAUUCCUUCAACUAUAUUGACUUUGUCGACCCUGAAAAUUUCGAAGUGAUGCGAUCCGCCCAAUCAUUGGAAAUGAACUUUUCAGGGUUCAAAGAGAAUAUUGUCGCUAUGCUGCGUCAGUAUCAGGAAGACAAAAUGUCUUUGGAAUGUCACAUUUUUGGUAGGAAGUGCACAUUAAUUUUUUAUAUGAAAGCCAAAAUGGGAUACCUCGUACUUUUAACUGUGGAUCUGAAAUUAGAUGAAACUAUAGACGAAUCGCAAUCCGAAGAACAAGAAUUUCAGGUAGGAUUUUCGAAAAGAAAUCUAGUAUAG